GUCCCUUUUGCCACAUGGAUUGGUUUCAUUGCAACCAGUGUUUCAGCCAGGAGGGAUCUGAGUUUUGUGUCACCAGCUGUGGGCACAUAUUUUGCAAAAAAUGUGCUGGCUCAGAUAAAUGUCCAUCUUGUGGAACAAGCAGCAAAUACUUGCUUCUCAAUGAUAGUAUGCCACCAGAAGAAAAAAAGUUUUUCAAAAACUCUCUUGAGACUGCACUCAGCUAUAUUGCCCAUAUUUCUCAGGUGUGGACUUUCCAGAAAGGCCAGAUGGAACUGCUGGUCUCUUCUUACAAACACAGGGCUUCAGAGACUGAAGAAGCCCUGCAGCAAGCUCAUCAGAAACUGACUACCCAGGAAAAGUUUACACCACGGUCUGGUUUUCAGCAUUCCAGUGAAGUGGUUAGCCGUUCCUCUUCCAUGGAUUCUAUCUCCUCAAGAGUCAAUCAUCCAGCAAACUGGCAACUUGCCACAGGAGCCGCCUGGAUGAGUCGCGGCAGGAUGACCCCAGCUGACACAAAUAAUGCUGCUCCUUCCCCAGCUUCCACUCAGAGUUUAUUCUACAGGGCUUCUUCCUCCUCUUCUCACACCUCUGGCUUGGAUGUUAUUACCCUACAACCCACCAUGGUGAGGCAAAGCCAGAGUGACAGCAGGAGUAGGCAUCAGCAAGAAACACCCCAUUUCAAUAUCUUCACUGUUUCUGCCAUUUUUGCGCACAUUAUAUUUCAUGCCAUGCAGACACCAGAGAACACUGUCCCGGCUCCUAAGGAGUAUUGGUUUGAGAGACAAGGGGUAAAACAGCUCAUUUUGCCCCAGAGUAUUACUACAAUGAUGCUCAGUUCCUAUUUGUUUUGGCUCACAGAUCGGAUGGAUGGAGCCCUUAUACCAGAACAUCGCAGCACUGAGAGACUGUACCCCCUGCAGCUGAGGUUCACCCCUCACAGUACACCAUUAUUUCAGAGCAGACCCCCUUUUGCCAGCAGAGUCCACCAGCAAUAAUAGGGAGGACUGAAAAACUCUGCCUUUAGUAACAGCAUCAUAGCACACAAAGUCACUGCAGCCCUGAUUUCUGAGAGCAUGGUGCUGACAAUAGAAACUGUAUGGAAUUUUGGAUCCUAACGGAGAAGUUUUUCCUAUUCCCGUCCUUCUCCGUUUUAUACUGUGUUACUGUAAGUUACACACACAUGCAAAGUGUAAUUGCUGAUUAAUAACCAGAAGGGCAUUCUGCUGCCUAAUCAUACUUUUGUAAGUAUCUUCACCACUAGUCUAGUUCAAUUGCUGAGAAUUUGUGCCGGCUUAUCCUUUCUUUAAUUUGUUUAGGCAAGA